AUGCUCAAUAUCAAUGUCAUCACACAAUGAUGAUGUUGGCAAGCUUUCCGAUACGCAGCCAGAGCUAGAAUGUUUGAUACAGAAAUUGACUGGUCUAGACACAGCAUGUCAGCCACCAUUGGCCAGUUCAAUCACAGACUCCUCAGCUUGCUUCACAAGUGAAAAAGAUGUUAUUGAUGAAGCAGUGUCAGUUGCAGAUGACUCGACUUCAAUUCAUCCAGCAAGGAUGUUGGCCAGUUUUUCAGUAUGCAAAAAAAGCAAAACUCCUAGAGAAAAAUCAAUGAUGGCCUGGACACAGCAGCGUGUCAGCCAGCAGUGAUCAGCCCUGGGACAGACUCUUUUCCUUUCUCUGUUGAGAAGAAUGGUGAGAAGAAGCAAUACCAGCUACAAAUGGCUUUACUUCGAUUUCCUCCAGCAAUGAUGAUGCCAGCAAUCUUUUCUAUACUCGACUAGACGGAGAACUUCCAAGAGAAAAAGUCUUGACUAGCCCAGACACAGCAGCGUGUCAGCCACCAUUGACCAGCCCAAUCGCAGACUUCUCAACUUUCUUCCCGAUUGCAAAGAAUGUUAUGAAAGAAGCAGUGUCAGCUGCAGAUUGCGCAACAUCAAUGUCAUCGAGCGAUGAUGAUGUCGGCAAGGUUUCCAGCAUGCAGUCAGAGCAAGAUCAUUUUAGAGAGAAAUUGUUUACUGGCCUAGACACAGCUGCAUGUCAGUCACCAUUGACCAACCCAAUCACAGACUAUCCUUACCUUUUGUCUCAGUUGAGGAGGAUGAUAAAAAAGCUGCAGAUACGUCGACCUGGAUUAAAUCUAGCAAUGAUGAUGUCGGCAAACUUUCCAGUACGCAGCUGGAGCGAGAACUGGUGAGAGGAAAAUCGUUGACUGAUGUGUACACAGCAGCUUGUCAGCCACCACUGACCCCCGUGAUAAACUCUUUACCUUUCUCAAUUGAGAAGAAUGGUGAAAAAGAUGCCGCAUCGACUGCGAAUGGCCGAACUUUGAUUUCAUCGAGCAAUGAUAAUCAUUAUGAUGCAAGCAUUCUUUCCAGAGAACACCCAGGAAAUGAACUUCCUAAAGAAAAAGUGUCAACUGGCUCAAAUACUCCAAUGUCUCAGCUACCCCUGAAUGCGGCCUCCUCGUUUUUCUCCUCAGGUGAAAAUAGUGAGAGGAAUGGUACGGCAAAAGUAAUACCAGACAAUAGUGAACAGGCUUCGGUUUCAUGCAAGGAUGAUGAUCAUGCCAGUGAGCUUUCUAGUAAACACCCAGAGCCAGAAAAGCCUGUGUUCAUAUUUGGUGUCACUUUGCCAAAUCGUAAACAUUUAGGUGCUGUUGCCACUGUCCAUGUUGAAAUGCCAUCUGAAAAGGAUUUAUCCAUUACAUGUGCAAUCUGCAGAGGCCUAAAUGCAAAGGAAGUGUCCGGAAAAUUUAAUAAAUCCAGUGUAUGCUUGUCUGUUGGCCCACACUUUGAAGAGGAAACUUUGGAGCUUUCAUUAGAUGAAGAAAUACGUGGAGUCUCUCGGAAUUUGCCACGUGGUAGGCUGUCUAGUGAAUUCUCAAAGGCACUUCGAUACAUUGCAGAAAACAAAAAUUUUUCAACUGCUAGUGACGAGGGUUUCUGCCCCAGCAAUUUCUCUCCAGAAGUCUCAGCAGUUACGUACAGCCCUGAAGCAGAACUACCGCCUUCUACCUCUAGGCCUUCAACCACCACUUCUGGGACACAUUUAGUGCCAGCUACCAGUUCACCCAUGAAAACGGCACCAACACUGUUGACUGCUUCAGAAAGCGGCUAUGCUAGCUCCUCCCCAGUUGGCCACGUGAAAGACAUGCUGAGACGUCCUGAAAAGGCCUCUCCUCGCAAGCGUUCUCACAGGGGAAGAGCUAAGUGAUAAAAGCCUAGUGAUACAACAGAAUGAAAGCAAUCAUGAUAGGCUUGUGCAUUGAAGAAUCCAUCAGAAUCCUGUUGUGGUGACUUUUUAAACUUUAAUUUUAAUCAUCUCAUUGUUAUCACAAUUGUGCAUUAUGACGACAGGUGUUUAUGCAUCUCAAGAAAGAAUAGAGAGGAUCUUAAUGUUAUCAUUUGAGUGAAGGAAUUUCGCUCACAAUUGUUAUUCAUUAAUACUUGUGUUUUGCUUAUGUGAGCAGAAAAAAUUGUGAUGAAAAUGUGAAAAUAAAAAUACCCUAUCAUUUGGAACAAGGU